AUGGCGGGUAUCGUCAAGUACACGCGCUCCGCGUCGUGCUUGCGUAUCUUGCGUUUCCCGCUGUCCGCUCUGCCCUCUACUUGCGGAUACGGCUAUGGUGUGAAGAUUGCUGUUCUCGACGAGUGUUUGCAUCGUCUCGCGCCCACACUGGAGAAACUUGUCCUUGAAAUCUCGACGCCCGGGUCGAUCCUGUUCGACACGAAGGGCACGGAAUAUCUCGCCUUGCGCUCCCUCACGAUGGGCAUCGAGGAUGGCCUCGUGCGCAUGGACAUCCUCGUGCACAAGUUUCCUGCGCUGGACGGCACACUCGAUGUCAGAUCGUCUUGCAUGCAAGACGAUGAGCCAAAACAACAGCAGAUCCGCGCGUCGAACCAGGAGCACCAGAAACGGCAGUCAUGGAGACACCUGGAUUGCGUUAUGGGUAACGUGCUCGCCCUCUUCACGCUCGGGCUGACGUGCCCCGUGCGCCGUCUCGUGUUGGACGGCUUCCGCACCCACAAAAAGAGCCACCUAGUGGAGAUUUUGCGCUCGGCGCCCCCGACGCACUUCAACCUAUCGGUUUUGCUGGAUCGCUGGAAUGCCGACGAUGGUCACAAUGAUGUCUUCCUGGGCCUGUUCCCUCCAGAGGUUCUCCCGAGGCUGACACACCUGGUGCUUGUCCUCGACUACGGUAUCUUCCCGGAGAACGUGCGUGAGACUGAUGCGGAAAGCAUGCACUGGCACGCGCUGCUUGCGGAUAUCAUCAGCUCUAUCAGCGGGCUGCAUCUUACCCACUUGCGUCUGGUCGUCCACUACUGCAUCGACCUGACCACCGAUGAGGACGAGGACGAGGACGAUCCAGUAGAUUAUUCCAAGGAUUUCGUGCGCAGCAUCGUCGACAUCGAUCACGAGCACCUUGCAACCGAGCUCAUGGCCGCCAUCCCCUCGCUGCAGCACAUCUUUAUAGGCACAGGAGGCUCGUUCGUAGUGGACAUGAGGCCGAGCGAGCCUAUUGUGAACGAGGACUGGCCUCAUGGUUUUGACCCGCGGGGAGCGGGGACACGUGGCCGCUGGUUUGCGCAUUCCGCGUGGAGGCCGUCAUACGUCGGAAUCCCCAGACGGCUACACACAGUCGAGAUGGACCGAAAACUACUAGAGGAAGAUCUAGUGCUGUCCAAAAACGACAACUUCUCACUGGGGUUCCAGAAGACAUGGAGCGCGGAAGAAACCGCACCAUGGCCCCUCCCGGAGUGA